AACAUUACCACGCUGUUUGAGCUUCAGUUAAACGGAAGAUGAGAACUUUACUGUUAUAUGCUUAGAUUACCAUACUCUAAAAUCAUCCAAAAUGUCAGUACGGAAAGAAUUUAAGAUACCACCGACGUCACAUUCUGAAAGAUCUCUUACCAGGCCUCGUUUCUUGGAGCACCUGGAAUGUUAUCUCAAAAGGGAAUUGGAAGGUUUAGACAUACACGAUCCAAAAAUCCAACAGCUCAGACUUCAGGUUUACCAGGAGGUCUUUGGGUAUUUAAUUGAUGAGUUCAAAACUUACAAGCCUAUUUUCUCUGCCAUCAAAAAAGAGUAUGACAUCACAUUAGCAAGCCAACGUGAACAAAUCAGGGAUCUGCUACCACUGCGAGAGAAACUAGUGCUUGUCUCAGAACAAUGUGAGAAGAGGGUUCUUGAUCUGAUGGUACAAGAGAGGGAUGAGAUCAGAGCUCUAAAGCAGGAGUGUCAGCGUCUGCAGUGCAUCAUUGAGAGAAUGAAUGAGCAACAGUCUGCCCUGCAGAUUCAGGUUGAUCAUCUGAAAAAGGACUUGGCCAUCCAGUAUGAGUUAUACAGGGAGGAACGUGAUGCACGAAAGCUGCUGAUCCUUAAAAUCAGCACAAUGCACUCUAGUCAAGAUGUUGAAGAUGAUGACAAAAAGGAAGAUAUGGAAGCUGAGGAUCCUGUGAUGGUGAAGAUGGCUUUACAAGUGUGUAGGGAGGAUCUUACCAAAGCACAGGUUGAGCUUAACCGACUGCAAGCAGAAUAUAGUGAUGUUGUCUCCCGUCGAGACUGGGAGAGCCUGAAUGGCUUCCAUGAGGAGACUCUAAGGAAGCUGGAAACCUUUCAGGCAGACUUUGAUCUGAUGAAGACAGAAUAUGACACACUUCUUGAAGUUCACCGACAGUCAGUAAAUUCUAAUCAGUCCUUGCUGCAACCUGGCUCAAAUGAGAAUCACACUGCUACAACUCCCAGACCAAACUGGGAACUAUGUUCAGACAUACUUGGGGGCAAUGAGCGCCACACAGAACUCUUUGAAAGGCAAUCCAGCCAAAAGAAGUUGGAGAUCUUGCUGCAGGAGAUGAAUAGUCAGGUCCCAGACCAGUUCUUUAAUGGACUAGGCUUCUCCAGUGAUGUCCCCAUUUAUUUACGUUACGAGGGGACGUUUAAGGAUCUUAAGCUGAGAAAAGCUGAUGUGGUCAGAAUUAUAAAAGAUAUCUGGAGGGAGAAAACUGCAGAGAAUGAGAAUAAUGAUGACUGUAGAGACCUGAAGGUGUUUCUGCACAGCUAUCUUGUGGACCAAUUUAAGGAGAAGGCAGGACAGUGGGUUUACAGCUUAAUUGAAAUCAUCAAAAACAAUCUCAGUGAUGAUCUCAUUUGUCUUUUCAAUGAUAUUCUGACUGGGAAGGUGGAUGAGAGCCUCUACCAUGGACAGACACAGCUGAUGUCUCACUUGCUCAAGGUUGUAAUUCAAAGUGACAUAAAAGAAUGUGGAUUACUAACUGUUUCAGAAUUUAGUGACGCAUUGAGGAAAGCUUUACCCCUGAAGUCAGAUCAGGCCAUACAGGAGCUGUUGGCAGCGGCUCAUACAGAGCUAGAGAGUAAUGGUGAACGCAUAGCUUAUCAGACACUUUUUACAGAGAUGUUGUUCCCAAUCCAGGACACAGAUGGAAAGCAUAAAGAAUUCCUGAGUCUAGUCAAACAACAGGCUACUGCUGAAAGACUCCAAUAUGUCAGUGAGCUGAGGAUACAACUAGAGGGAAAAGGGACGGUGAAUGCAGAGGACCUAAGGACUGUAUUCAUAACCAUUGAUCCCUCCCUGGAUUCUGCAUCACUUGACCGGAACCUUAGUGUAGCUUUUCAGACAAAGGUGUGGGAAUUACAAGAUCUGGAUGUGAACACAGAGGUUGUGCUACAGCGUCUCUCGGUGGCUGAUGUGAAAAGAGCAGGGCCAAAAUAAACACCAUUGAUGUUCUUGCACUGUGAUGUAUUUAUAGCAGUCUAUUAUGCAUUAUAUAAUUACAUAAAUGACAUAGAAACAAUUACAUAUUAAGGCUAACAUUUUAUUAUAUUAUAACAUUAUAGAUUAUUUUAACCUAACUAAAAACCUUUUGAAUAUUUUAACAGAUAAUUGAUUUUUUUAUUAAGAAAAGACAAUCCACUUAUCAUAUUUGGAGUCGUAUCUUUUUAUUACAAUGAUUUUUACAGUUAAUGUGUAAUGUCUACCUACAGAUUACUUGAUCAUUAUUUAUGUAAAUAAAUUGUACAUUUGUAUUUAUUUAUUUAUCUGUCAUGUGUAUUGUUUUUUGACAUUAGGUUAUGAUGGUUACAUUUUAAUUCAAUAUGUGAUAAAUACAAAUAAGAUGCUUGCUUUCUUUUGUAGGACCCCUUGAAAUAAA